UCACACUCUGGCAACUCCGGUCCUCUCGGAAAUAUCGCGAUAGAGUUGAUAUGUUCGCGCUGACAGUGCAGUGAAACAAGUUUCCAUCCCUGAUGACAAGCAAUUUCAUAACAGUGGGUGAAUUUGCAGUGAAGUAGAAAAUGGCCUCAUAUUUUGAUGAGCAUAACUGUGAGCCCACGAAUCCAGAAGAACAGUACCGACAGAACGCCCUGCUGGAGCUUGCGAGGUCUUUGAUGCAGGGUCUUGACAUAGACUCGGGUUCAUUUGAUUUGUCGGAUUGGAACCAGCGUCUCCCCCCUCCUGCAGCCAAAGCUGUGGUUCAGAGUCUUCCCAUGGUCAUCAUCUCCCCUGAACAAGCAGAUAAAGCACUGAAGUGUCCGGUGUGUUUGUUGGAGUUCGAGGAGCAAGAGACUGUGAGAGAGAUGCCUUGCAAACAUCUGUUCCACACAGGAUGCAUCCUGCCAUGGCUCAGUAAAACCAAUUCGUGUCCCUUGUGCCGACUUGAACUACCCACUGACAAUCCAGACUAUGAGGAGUUCAAAAAAGACAAGGAACGGAGAAGACAAAGAGAACACAGACUAGAAGAUCUACAUGGAGCCAUGUACACAUGACCUUGAAGACUUGAAUAUGAAUUAAACUUUCAGUUUGUUGGAAGUGAGAGUUUACUGUGCAGGGACCAGGCUUUGGGUGGGGGGUGAAGAAAAAAGAAAAACAUAACAAAACAGCAAAAGUUUCACUUUUCACAGUAUCACUUUUAAGACUGCUUUGUAUGGCUAUGCACUGAGAACUGUUUGUAUGGAACUGUAAUGUAGCCUUAUAGACACGUUUCUGAUUUUAUUAAAUGUUUUAAUUAAAGCAGUUGCUUUUGUGUGUUUUAGUGUGAAAUUUAAUUUGUUCACGCCACGAGUUCAUAUUCAUUCGUUUUGUUCCCUUACGAGAUUUCUUACCUAUAAGUGCUGAAAAAACUUUAUUGUGCUGUGAAUGAAUGCCAUAGUUACAAUAAUUCAACUAUGGCAUUCAACGAUACAAUAAUUCAUAGUGAGUGCAGUGGUACACUGUAGGCAUGACUUUAUCAGUGGACUCUACAUUGUCCACUUUCCCAGUUAGUAAACAAAACCCUGCUUAUAUAAUACGGUAGAACUCUACCUUGUGAAAAAUGUGUCUGAUUUUUAGGUGUGUAAUUUAUUGUAAUGAUUCAACAGGCUGAGACAGUCUUGUUGUAAUGACUAUUAUUUACUAACGUUGGAGCAAAAAAAACUGUCUGAAUAUAUAAAAUGUUAAAUAGUCUUUUCCAAAUUUUUAAAUAAAA